CCACAGCCGCAGCGCCGACGCCGAGCGGGCCGCGGCGGGCAGCCGACCCCCGCACGCGCCGCGGGGCGAGCGGCCGCGCUGAGGCGCCGCGGCGGCCAUGGGGGCCCUGACGAGCCGGCAGCACGCGGGCGUGGAGGAGGUGGACAUCCCGUCCAAUUCCGUGUACCGCUACCCGCCCAAGUCCGGAAGCUACUUUGCCAGCCACUUCAUCAUGGGAGGAGAGAAGUUCGACUCGACUCACCCCGAGGGGUACCUGUUUGGCGAGAACAGCGACCUGAACUUCCUGGGGGACAGGCCCGUGGCGUUCCCGUAUGCGGCGCCGCCUCCCCAGGAGCCCGUGAAGACGCUGCGAAGCCUCAUCAACAUCCGGAAGGACACCCUGAGGCUCGUCAGGUGCGCUGAGGAGGUGAAGGCGCCCGGCGAGGAGGCCGGCAAGGCCAAGGCGCACUACAGCGUGGAGUUCACCUUCGACACGGACGCACGUGUCGCCAUCACCCUCUACUACCAGGCCACGGAGGAGUUCCAGAACGGCAUCGCCAGCUACAUCCCCAAGGACGGCGGCCUGCAGUCGGAGACGGUGCACUAUAAGCGCGGCGUGUGCCAGCAGUUCUGCCUGCCCUCCCACACCGUGGACCCCUCCCAGUGGGCCGAGGAAGAGCUCAGCUUCGACCUGGACCGCGAGGUGUACCCGCUGGUGGUGCACGCUGUGGUGGACGAGGGCGACGAGUACUUCGGCCACUGCCACGUGCUGCUGGGCACUUUCGAAAAGCACACAGACGGGACUUUCUGCGUGAAGCCCCUCAAACAGAAGCAAGUGGUGGACGGGGUCAGCUAUCUGCUGCAGGAGAUCUACGGCAUCGAGAACAAGUACAACACACAGGACUCCAAGGUGGCCGAGGACGAGGUGAGCGACAACAGCGCCGAGUGCGUGGUGUGUCUGUCGGACGUGCGGGACACCCUGAUCCUGCCCUGCCGCCACCUGUGUCUGUGCAGCGCCUGCGCGGACACCCUGCGCUACCAGGCCAACAACUGCCCCAUCUGCCGCCUGCCCUUCCGGGCUCUGCUGCAGAUCCGCGCCAUGAGGAAGAAACUCGGCCCCUUGUCCCCCGCCAGCUUCCACCCCGUCAUCUCCUCCCAGACUUCCGACUCCGAGGAGCACUCUUCCUCCGAGAACAUCCCUCCCGGCUACGAGGUGGUGUCGCUCCUGGAGGCCCUCAACGGGCCCCUCACCCCGUCCCCUGCCGUCCCCCCACUCCACGUGCUCGGAGACGGCCCCCUCUCAGGAACGCUGCCUUCCUACGGCAGCGACGGCCACCUGCCCCCGGUCAGGACACUCUCCCCGCUGGACCGUCUGGCUGACCGCGGCGGCCCAGGACUCCAGCUCAAACGGAGCCUGUCCAAGUCCGUGUCCCAGAACUCGGCUGUGCUGCCCGAGGAGGAGGACGGGGAGGACGGCGAGGAGGAGCCGUCCUGCAGCGAGUCGGAGACGCGCCUGUCCCCGAGGCCGCCGGCCCAGCACCUGGGGGAGGACUGCGGGGUGACCCCCGAAAGUGAGAACCUCACCUUGUCCUCGUCGGGAGCCAUCGACCAGUCGUCCUGCACGGGCACCCCGCUCUCCUCCACCAUCUCCUCCCCCGAGGAGCCCGCGAGCAACAGCCUGGCGCAGUCGGUCAUGUCCAUGGUGUCGUCCCAGAGCCGCCACUCGCAGCUCAGCACCGACACCGUCUCCUCCAUGUCCGGCUCCUACGUGGCCCCCGGCACCGAGGACGAGGCGGAGGCGCUGCCUUCGCCCCGCGCCGCCAGCAGGGCCCCCUCGGAAGAAGGGGAGGCGCUGCCCGGAGCGUCUCCUGACCGGAACUUCGUUGGCCUGGAGGAGCAGGACGCGGAGGGGAACGAUGUGCUGGAGGAAGAGGAUGUCUCGCCCACCCAGGAGGACGGCCAGCGGACAUGCGCUUUUCUAGGCCCGGAGUGUGACAAUAACAAUGACAGCGCCAGCGUGAAAGCACUGGACAAUGAGCUGUGCUCUGAGGCCUGCCUACCCGCCGCAGCCCGGAGUCACGCCCCUAGGCAUUGAGGAAUAGGCGCCUGGCAGGCCGACGACAACGCCCUCAGCCACCGGGGCCGAGCGCGGUGGGGCGCGCCCAGAGCCGAGGAGGAGGGCCCCGAGAGCCGGCCCGGCGUGUGGGGCCCCUUGGCGGUGUGAGCCCGCCUCCCCCGCGCCCCUCCCGCCCGCCCCGUCUCCGCAGACCUGGGCCCGGCCUCGUCUCCUUGGUCCCCUUGAACUUCCCCCUCCAGCAAGACGGAUGCCACUGGCCGAGCCGCAGCUGGACACUCUCCACGCAGUCUGGCACGUGCCCGAGUGUCGUCGGUGGAACCGAGUCCGCGGCGUCUCCUGGCGGGGGGCAGCUCGCCAACAAGGAAGCCUCUACUGCGGGGCGACUGGGGGGGCCCUCAGGGGAGUAGCACUGCACUGCAGGGACCCCCGGGAGACCCCCACUCCAGGGGGCUGGGAAGCUGGUUCUGGCCUGGGAAUGCUCCCACCCUUCCGGACAUCUCAUCUCAGCUGGCACUGAGGGGCGCCUGGGGUCCCCCCUGUGCCAGGCUGACGUCAUUCUGCCCCCCAGCCCUCUCCGCAAGAGCUCCUGUGAGUGGCGUGGCCCACGAUCUCUAGUGGUCCCCGAGCACCCCAGAGAAAGGGGAAGAUCACGCAGGGUCCUGCUGACCUGUCACCCCAACCUCCCCCGUUUGCCUCCCUCCCACACCCCCUGAGCCUGGGAGACAGGACCCCUGGGUGCCUGUGCAGAGCACCUGGACACAGCAGGGCCCAGCCGAGUCGCUAGGGGGUCCCUCCACUCCAACUGCCCAAGUGCCCCCCCCGACCAUGGGGCCGUGGCUUCACCGUUGGUCUUGGGGGAAAGGUGGGGGCUUCGGGGUGAGGGUGGGGCUGAAUAGGGCCAGGGUACCCCGCCAGUCCCCAGGUCGUGGGGGCAUCUUGGCACCCCAUGAGCAUACAUGGCCAGGAGGAUCCCAACUGCCCGAGUCUCCAGGGUCUGCCCUCUGCCCCCCACAUCCACGGCCCCUCUCAUGUUUGAGAUUUCAGCAAUAACCCCAGCCCCCAUGUCUGAGGCAUUUGAGCUGAGGGUAGGGCACCUCCCAGAGUGGUGGUCACUGGGAAUGAAGAAGUGGGGAGCUCAGAGGAAGCAGCCCCUCUGAGCGCCGUGGGGGAGGGGAGAGCCGCUCAGGGCUCUGUGCUCUUGACCCCCGCAGGCCCUGCUUUCAGAAGGAAGGAGCAGGUUAGGGUGUCCCGCAUCCUGCAGGCCUCCAUUCGCCCACCCCGACCCCCUUCCUGCCCUCCUGUUCUCAUUUGGCUCUUUGGCAGGCAGAACCCCCCCCCACCCCGACCCAGGGGCUCUCCAGGCAGCCCCCCCUUCCAGAGGUAGAAGUGAUGCCCCAGCAGGAAGGAGAUGAGGCCCGCAGCCCCAGGUCUGAAAGGGAGCUGGUGCCUAUCUGAUGCCCCUUUGCACCCAGUCCCUCCCCGCUGUGCCAGCACCCACACAGGGCACACCCUGGCACAGACCCACACACUGUAAGGGGCUGCCCCCGUCCUGCCACGUGUGCGCCCCUCGCUCCCCAGACUCCAUCGGCGGCACACGAAAGGGGGGGACGGCAAGGUUGCAAUAUUUAUGGAUUGCUGCAUGAUUCUUUAAGAUGAAUAAAACUGUUUACAAAGAAGGAGAA